UAUAUCAGUUUAUUUGUAUAUAUUUGAACUCUAUAGAAUUGUUAUUCAGUAUUUUGAAUGUUUCCGUAUAAAAAUUGAUCUACAUUACCGAGCGAAUUAAUAAUUUUUGUGAAAUUAUGUUGACCGAUUGCACCGUUUUGGAACACCUAUUGAGUGGAAAAAUACUCUUUGUUUUGUUGGUUUUGGAGAAUUAAAAGCUCAGACAGAAACGGAAGCCAAAACUCAAUAUUAUAAAAUUUUGUCCUCAAGGCUUAAAUUUAAUGCCGUUUUGUUGUACGUAUCGUCAAACAGCCUUUACAGUGAUAGUUGGAUAAAAGAUUGUAUUUUCUUUGUAUUGAAAUAAUAGAUCAAGUUGUUAGUACUGAAUCUGUUAUAAUGGCUGAUCCUCGCAAACUGCCAGACUGCCCAGGGCGGAAUAUCGUAAUUCUAGAAAGUCUCAUUACGAAUGGACCUAAUCACGAAUGCUUGUCUCAGUGCCAGUUACUGUGUUGAAGUCUCCUGACGGCAGUAUCAAGCUGGAGGACAGUAACAUCCCACAACAGCGUAUGAAUGCCCUCCAUAGACCCAGGGGCAAAAUGCGGGGUCCCAUCCAUCACAGACAGCCUGCGGUCGAACUAUCUCUGGAGGAUGCUGCUAAGAGGGAGAUGCAAGCGUUGCCAUCCAAGACACCAGUAUCAGUGCUGCAAGAGCUGCUGAGUCGGCGAGGUACAACGCCCAAGUAUGAGUUGGUGCAGGUGGAGGGAGCUAUCCACGAGCCCACCUUCCGAUACCGAGUCACUGUUGCUGAAGUUGUUGCCAUGGGAAUUGGAAGGUCCAAGAAAGAGGCAAAACAUGCAGCUGCCAAGAAUGUGCUGGACAGACUAAUCGGGAAUGCAGAUCCUAAUAUGAUCAAUUCUAUGACAAACUCAAUCAAUGAACAGCUCUUGACAGGGAAUAUGGUUUCACCAUAUGAGGAUAAGAUUGGAGGUAACCCAAUAGGUCUCCUGCAGGAACUGUGCAUGUCGCGACGAUGGCCACCACCCACCUACUCGACCGAGCAUGAGGAGGGGUUACCCCACGAGCGCCAGUUUACCAUCGCCUGCCUUGUCUUCAAGUUUAAGGAAAUAGGUAUGGGCAAGUCCAAGAAACUAGCCAAGCGACAGGCUGCCAACAAAAUGUGGAACAAACUCAAGGACAUUAGUGUGGAAACCAACAACAUCUCAUUCAAUCUGGAGGACGAUGAUGAGAUAACUCAGCGCGUUUCCCAGAUCAAUCACGAAUUUGGUGAACUGAAAGAGGCAAAAAUUCCGACCUUGACGACCCCACAUAGUCACAAGGUGUCUCAGUUUCACAAGAACCUCAAAUCUUCUUUUGGUGAAAAGCUUAAUGAGUUACAGACGGUUGUGCUGAAGAAUCAGGGCUUCAACUUUGUACAGUUCUUACAAGAAAUAGCUUCUGAGCAGCAGUUUGAGGUCACUUAUGUAGAUAUCGAAGAAAAGUCCAUGACAGGAAAGUAUCAGUGUCUGGUACAACUGUCCACCUUGCCUGUAGCGGUGUGUCACGGCUCUGGGAAUAGCUCUAAGGAAGCUCAGACGGCUGCAGCACACAACGCUCUUGAGUACUUGAAGAUAAUGACGAAGAAAUGAACAUCUCCCGGACCCGAACUGGAAGGAGACUGUUGGUAGCUGCCUCUUCUACAACCGUAUGGAGUCCGACAUAUGACUUAUCCCCUAGGCUCCAUACGGUUGCAGCGAGCGCAAAGAAUCCACAAGUCUCCUCUUCAUUCGGCUGGUACCAAACAC